AUGGCCAUCCAUUUUGUGAGGAAAAAUUCCUUUGGCGGCUGCUCUUCUAUUGAAUUUUUUUCUACAGAUGAAGAUGGUGACAGCGUUGUCAUCACCCGUCCUGUGGAGCUUGGAGAAGCGAUCGAAGCACGAAAGGAUGCCACCCUUAGACUUCAUUCGUUAGAAAAGAAAGUCGAGAAGGUGGAGUCAAAACUCAACAACGAAACCCCUCAGCAAACUAAGGAAGAGAAGAGUUCUCCAUCAGAUGGUGCUCUCCAUAAGGAUGUGCUAUGCGAUGUAUGCGAUGCUGUUGUAAUUGGGACACGAUAUAGAUGUCUCCUCUGCGUCGACUACGAUUUGUGUGAGCGAUGUGAAAAGACUGGAGUGCAUGCUCAUCAUGGUAUGAUCCGCAUUGUGGAUCCGUUACGUACAUUUGUACCGUGGGGUGCUCGCCUGAAGUACAUGCCAUCAGGUCGUCAGCAUCGUCGACACCAUGCUGAAGGAAUAAGUGCUGCAUUCACUGACGCUAAUGCGCGGCAACGCGUUCAUCUAGCGAAGGAGCAUAUUACUGAACAAGUUGCUAAGAGUAUGCAGUAUUUACAAGACAUGGGCCAAGCUGUUACCGCUGCUCUCGCGAAUUUCGGUAAAUGUUUUUCUUAG